AAAACGAGGGGAAAAAAUGGCGGCUGCGUGCAACCCGAAGGGGGACACCGGCCAUUCUGCACAAGCUUUCUCCCUUUAAUCGAGUCCGGUGCUUAGUGGAACUUUGGAACAUUUUAGAAAAACGUUGGAAACAGAGUGGACCGGGGUUUAUCCGCGUUUAGGUCUGCUUUUCUGAUUCUGACGUGGACUCGUGGCGCGAAAAGGACUGUAAAUACAUAAAGAAAAUAUAACAACACAUUAGCCUAACACUUUGUCAUGAUGAGAGCGAGAAGAAGCAGGUCGGCUAACAAGGGAGCUGUGUUGGAAGGGGAGGGUGCUACGCCGGUGGCGGCGCGAGGUUCUAGAGGCGGCCGAGGAAGAGGCAGGGGCAGCGGUAGGGGCAGGGGAAUCGUACCGCCGGACCUCGAUGUAGCUGAUUCGAAGGAUGAGGAGUACCAACCUGUAAAGAGGGGCAGCAGAGGGGGUAGAGGAAGCAGAAGCAGAGGGAAUAGAGGCAGAGGAGGAACAGGUAGGGGAGGAAGAAGAAAGAUAGUCAGUAAAAUAGUGUACGACGACGAUAGUGAUGAGGAGGACCUCGAAGCCGCAAGUUUACAGUCCGACGACGAUGAGGACGAGUUUCUCCGCCAGUCGGAGGAUGAUGCGGAUUACGAAGAAGUAAAACCGGACCCGUUAGAUGAUUUGGACCCUUUAGACGAUGGAUCCGAUUAUAAACUCCCGGAGGAAGAGGGCAGCUCCGACAGCAGCGAUACACCGGGACGCAGGAGGCCACGUGUGCAUCGUCCACAAACCCCCAUCUUUGAAGAGAAAGACAUUCCCCUUCUGGAACUUCCUAAGUCGUCCGAUGAUGCUUUGGUCCCAGCGGUUCAUGUCCUCACGGCAGCCUCCAUCUAUGAGGUGCUGCGCAAUUUUAGCACAGUGCUACGUCUCUCUCCGUUCCGCUUUGAGGACUUUUGUGCAGCUCUGUCUGGAGAGGAGCAGUGUACACUGCUGGCUGAGACACACAUCUCACUGCUUAAGGCCAUCCUACGUGAGGAGGAUUCAUCCAACACGUGUUUUGGUCCUUCUGACUUGAAGGACAGCGUAAACUCAACGCUUUACUUCAUGGAUGGUAUGACAUGGCCUGCAGUGCUAAGGGCCUACUGCGAAAGCGACCCCGAGUACCACCAUGUCCUGAGCGUCCAGGACCAAGAAGGUUUCCCCAAUGAACCACUUGAGAGCAAGCUCAAAGUUCUACAGUUUCUAGUGGAUCAGUUCUUGGCCACCAGCAUGGCACGGGAGGAGCUGAUGUCAGAGGGUGUGGUCACGUAUGACGAUCAUUGUCGCGUGUGUCAUCACCUUGGCGACCUGCUGUGCUGUGAGACCUGCUCAGCUGUCUAUCACCUGGAGUGUGUGAAGCCACCGCUACUCGAGGUGCCCGAGGAGGAGUGGCAGUGUGAGGUGUGUGUGGCGCAUCGGGUGCCAGGCGUUGGCGACAGUGUUACGGAGAGCCAGAAGACCCGGCCUUACAUCAGACAUGAGCCAAUCGGAUUUGACCGCCACAGAAGGAAGUACUGGUUCCUAAACCGAAGGAUCAUAGUAGAGGAGGAUGGAGACCAUGAGAACAAGACUAUCUGGUACUAUAGUACCAAGGUACAGCUGGCUGAGCUCCUGAGCGUACUGGAUGAGGCGUACUGGGAGAAACAGCUGUCUGCCACACUGGAGGAGCUACGGGACGAGGUCCACGCUCACAUGGACAUCACAGAGGAGCUCACCAACAAGGCACGUGGCAACAACAAGUGCUACCUUGCUGCUGCUAAUGAGGAGAUUCUGGAGCAUGAGAGGGCCAAGCGAGAAAAGGAAAUGGAGGAGGUGAAGAAGAAAGCUGCAGAAGAGCUGGAGAGAUCCAAAAAGGAGGGAGAGGAAGAGCAGCAGUCUAUAGCUGAGCAGGAGUCAGAAUCAACAACAGACAAAUUUCUACUGGCCCAAACAGGCACAGAGGAACCCACCUGUCCAGCUGAGGCACCAUGUGAUUCUGAGUGCCUGGGUUCAAAAACUUCUGGCUCCUCUGUGACCUCUGUCUUUCCACUGGAGACGCCUUCUGAUGCAUCAUCUACACUCUCUGAGACCAGGGGAGGAAGUGGUCUGCAGGAGCUGCCCGAGACGGCAGAUAAGUCCUCAGAUUUGGAUGCUGACGUUGGGGGUGUAUCCUCCUCUCCACCUACACCUCAGGCUGCUGAUGAGAACAGUAGAAGCAGUCUAAAAGAUGACUUUGAUGCUUCUAUCUCCAGCCAGGAUGAGAAGGGUGAAGGAACAGAGAAAGGUGAGAUGCUGACAGGAGUUCGUGGGCCACUGUCGGCUACACGCAUGGUGACGCGCCUGCGCAAUCCUGAGAGUAAACUCAGUUUGCAGAAGAGCCACCAGGUGGCAUCAGCGAUUCAUGAGGCCAAUAAGGAAUACAAGGAGGGCAAAGAGGUUAUAGUGAUAAACGCCCAGGGAGAAGUUGCCCGUCUAAACUCGCGCUGUGCCAAAGACCCUGUUAUGAAGGGCUCUCUGGGUUCCCUCUUCCGGCUAGGUCAGGAGGGCAGGUACCGCGUCUACCAGAACCAAUACAGCACCAACACCCUGGCCCUCAAUAAGCACCAGCACCGCGAGGAUCACGACAAGCGCAGGCACCUCUCGCACAAGUUUUGCUUUACUGCUGCUGGGGAAUUCAAAUGGAACGGGGCAAUCUAUGGCUCUAAAAUGCUUAUUGUCUCCACGCUAAGGCUUACCAUCAUCCAGCUGGAAAAUAACAUCCCUGCACCCUUCCUGCACCCUAACUGGGACUCCCAUAGGUCGAACUGGAGCAGGGCCGUGCAGAUGUGCAGCAAGGCGCGGGAGUUUGCCUUGGCCUUAGCAAUCCUGGAGUGCUCCAUCAAACCUGUGGCCAUGUUGCCCAUGUGGAAGGAUUCGCUAGGACACACAAGGCUGCACCGUAUUACAUCUCUUGAGCGGGAAGAAAAGGAGAAGGUGAGGAAAAGGGAGAAGAAGCUGGAGGAAGAAGAGACGAUGCAGCAAGCCACCUGGGUCAAAUACACAUUUCGUGUUAAACACCAGGUUUGGAAGCAGAAAGGAGAGGAGUACAGAGUAACAGGUUAUGGUGGCUGGUGCUGGAUCAGUAAGACCUACGUCCACCGCUUCAAUCCCAAGUUACCUGGCAACACCAAUGCUAAUUAUCGUCAGCACCUGGAAGCUAGGAACAAUAUUGCCGAUUCAAGCACAACAAAAAAUUACAAUGCAAGUCCUGAAGUCUCUGAGAGUGACAAAUCAGAGAAGGAUGAAAAAAAGUCAAAUGAAUUAAAACAAGAGGAAGAAGAGAUGACGACUGAAGCAAGUGGAGUGGAUAUUCAGCAGAAUGUGAAAGAAGCAGUUGCUGAAAGUAAAGGUGAUGCAAGUUCAGAAAAUACACCUAUUAAAAAUGAAGACGGCACUCCCAUGUCUGAACAAAGACCUUUUAACUAUGAUGUGGUGGACGUGAGUGAAGGUUUCCUGCUGCGGACAGCCUACAAACAGAAGGUCAAGGCUGCCAAGCUUGACGAGCUGCUUGAGCACCGGGUCAGGCAACAAGACACGGAGGCAAAACAGAAAAAAACUGCCAAUUCUGCCAGUCCUAAGGUUGUGAUCCAGAGACUUAAGUUUAAAAUGGAACCACACGGAGUGGUAGCCACAAUACGGCCUGAGGAAAAACCUGAGGUCAGAAACGGGAUUGUGAGCCAGCAGGAGUCAGCCAAAGGGAACCAGCAAACAAGUACACAAGUGAACAAUGUGUUAUCUACUGAAGAGAAUGGAGUUGGGUGUGGGGAACAGGAUAGUGAAGGAAAGACUGCUGCAAGCAAUACAAUGACUGAAACCACCACACAUCCUAAUUCCCCACAAUUGAAUGGACAAGAUGAAAGGAAAUCUGUUUCAAAUGAAUUGCCAAGCAAGGAUGCUUCUUUACAUUUGAUUAAUGAUAGAGGGAUAGAGAAUGAUAUAAAACCUUUAUCACUCAAGGAAGCUCUGAAGCCUUUGCUUAAUGGUAGUACUGUUUUGAAUAGCGACACAAAGAGGACAAACAGCACAGAAGUCACAGAGAGAAACCCAGACUAUCUGCCCCCACAGAAAGUUCCCCGUCUUGGAGACACAGUUGAGGAUCUGGCCUUGUCCUCCCCAACCAUUCCUAAAGCAGAAUCGACACUUGAUACUAAAGAGCAUACCAGUCUGAAAAAAAGGCUGGAUGAGGAGGACAAAGGCUCCCAGGCAACAAUUGUUCCCUCACCAGUGCUCUCCACCGAGGAAUCGAGCCUUAGUAAUGACUUUGUAGAGAGUCACUGCAAUAAUGGAUCUAACUUACCAUCAUCAAUGGUUACUACACAAGUUACAACUACCACAGUGACAGCAACAAGCACUGAGUCUCAACCAGUUAGGAAGAAUUCAGUGGGCUCCAUCAAUGAGAGUAUCACUGUUACCAACAGCACGGUGACCUCCACGACCGCUCCUGUUCAAGGUGAGGAAACAAAACCUAAUGUAACACAUUUGUUAACGGAAAGCUCAUCUCAGUCACCCGAUCCAGUAGCACUGUUGCAUUCCACACGAGACCGGGUACAGCUGGUUAGGUUUUCCAGCACUAAGAAGGUGCGGUCGGAAUCAGCUCUGCCAUCACAUCGCAAGUUUGUCACCAAGAGCUGCAAGAAAAGCAUCUUCGUACUGCCCAGCGAAGAUCUCAAGAAGCUGGCUCUCAAGGGUGGCUUCAAGGAAGUACCACUGUUUAGCUACAAUGCCAAGCCUGCUCCAGAUGUCUGGCCCUACACUGCUCCCAGACCAACGUUUGGCAUCACCUGGAGGUAUCGUCUUCAGACGGCAAAUUCGUUAGCAGGGACAAGUCUGAUGCUGCAUCUGCUUUGGGCAUGUCUUCGCUGGGACGACAUGGCAGUGAAACCUUCUAAUGCUGGGACCACACGUACAGAAACAACGGAGACAGAGAUCACCACCACAGAGAUCAUCAAGCGCAGAGAUGUUGGUCCUUACGGAAUUCGAUCAGAAUACUGCAUCCGGAAAAUAAUCUGUCCCAUUGGGGUCCCAGAAACGCCCAAAGAGACAUGCACACCGCAAAGAAAAGGCCUGCGCUCCAGUGCUCUGCGGCCCAAACCCCCCGAGCCUAGCAAGCAAGAAGGGCCGAUUAUCAUCGAGACCUGGGUGCCCGAGGAGGAGCUCUUACUGUGGGAGAUCCGAGCAUUUGCAGAGCGGGUGGAGAGGGAGAAAGCCCAGGUAGCAGAGCAGGCCAGGGUUAGUGCUCGGAGGAAAGCUAUGGAGCUUCAGCAGCAGAAACGUCUGGAACAAAAGCAAUCUACUGCUUCCACUCCCUCAUCCACCCCCGGCACCCCCAGCACUCCCAAAACAGCUGUGUCCAUCACCAGCCAGGUCAUCCCUGCAGGCAAAGUUGUACUGGCCACUAAACUGGGCACACCAAUAACAUUUCAACAAAACAAGAACUUUCAGCAAACUUUUGCAACCUGGGUCCAAGGUCAAGUGUCCAGCAGCACUGUCACCUCUGUCUCCACGACAACGGGGCAGACGUUCCAGAUCUCGGGCAGUCCUGUUUCUGUAGCUGGGAAAGUCAUCCCACUUCCUGCCAACAGCAAGAUCGUCACACUCAGCGUGCCCACCACACAAGGAGGUGUACAGCAGAAGGUCGUUGGCAUCAUUCCAUCUGGUACCACCGGCAACAAGCAAAUCACAAUUCAGCCCAGCACUACCACUGUCAACAUCACACCCAAGGUGAUUGCAGCAGCUGGAGUACAGCUAAGACCAGGGGUUACGAUAUUACAAGCUCCCGCUCAGCAAGGAGCUGCUGUAGGGAAAACCAUCAUCAGAACUCCUAUUGUGGUUCAACAAGGUCAAGCCGGUAAGGUGGUGACACAGAUAAUCCAGGGACAGUCGGCCACUCCUGGCAGCCCAGCAGGUGGCACCCACGUUGGUAUAGCAACCUCACAGACGUCAGCCAGCCCCAGACCAUCCCAGGGUCCAAUCAAACUCGCGCUCAGUCAGCCGGGAGUUGCAGCAGACAGACAACAGCAGGGUGGAGGUCAAGGAGUAACUGUGAUGGUGCAGGGUCAGGGUCAGACAGCAGGUCAGCUGCAGGUCAUCCCUCAUGGCGUGACGGUGAUUCCGACUGGUGGCCAGCAGCUCAUGCAGGCUGUCUUGCCUAACGGCCAGGUGCGGCGUUUCCUUUUUACACCCGCGCCUGUUUCAUCCACCAUUGUGCCUUCUGCUGCAGCUAGUAAUGCACUAUCAACCACAACAGGUCAAAGUCAGCCUUCCCUCAAGAUAUGCGCACCCACCCCUGCCCAGCCUGUUCAGGCCGCAGCUCUUGCUCCUCGAACUCCGCCUAUGACCCCCAAAGCCCAAGUGCCCAUCCAGUCCGCAACCCCACUUCAGGCCAAAACUACAGUGAACAAGGUGACUGUGAAACAGCAGCAGACUCAGGUGAAGCCACAGGUGCAGCUGCAGCAGGGAGCCCAGGUUAUCACAGUGCCAGGGUUACAGCUUCAGCAGGAGCAGACAGUUAAAGUCCAGCUACCUAUACAAAUCCAGCAACAGGCGGGCACAAAGCCCCAGGAGAUUCAGAAUGUGGUGACGUUGCAGACGGCCAGCGUCCAGGAGCAGCUCCAAAGGAUCCAGCAGCUCCGCGAACAGCAGCAGCAGAAGAAACGACAGCAGCAGGAGGCAAAAAGGGAGCAGCAGCAGCUGCAGCAGACUGGCAGCCAGAGCAACCUCAUACAGAAACAGGUGGUGAUGAAGCAGAAUGCAAUGAUAGAGCAGCUGAAGCAGAAGAAGACCAUGACACCAGAAGAGCGAGAAGAGAAUCAGAGGAUGAUCGUGUGUAAUCAGGUGAUGAAGUUCAUCUUGGACAAGAUUGACAAGGAUGAACGGCAAGCAGCAAAAAAGCGGAAACAGGAAGAGACGAUGGAGCAGAAACGCAGCAAACAGACGGCCAGCAAGCUCUCUGCCCUGCUUCACAAGCACAAGGAACAACUCAAAGCCGAGAUCCUGAGGAAGAGAGUGCUGCUGGACAAACGGCUGCAGCUGGAGGUCCAGGAGGAGUUACGGCAGGAUUUGGCGAGGAUUCACAGAGAGAGAGCGCAGCAGCGAGUUCAGGCUACCGCCGCCACGACAGCAACGCAGGUCACGACCACCUACUCAACUUCAGCUUACAAGCGCAAGCAUGAAGACGAGGGUUUGGCCAAAUCGAAGAAAAAAAAGAUGAUCUCCACUACCUCAAGAGAAAGCAAGAAGGACACCAAGCUAUACUGCAUCUGCAGGACCCCAUACGACGAGACCAAGUUCUAUAUAGGCUGUGAUCUGUGCACAAACUGGUACCAUGGUGACUGUGUGGGCAUCACGGAGAAGCAAGCAAAGAAGAUGGACGACUACAUCUGUGCAGAAUGCAAAAGAGCUCAGGAAGGAAGCACAGAGGAGCUUUUCUGCAUCUGCAGAACUCCCUACGACGAUUCUCAGUUUUACAUCGGCUGUGACCGCUGUCAGAACUGGUACCACGGCAGAUGUGUGGGCAUCCUGCAGAGUGAGGCAACAUACAUAGAUGAGUACAUCUGUCCCCAGUGCCAGUCCACAGAGGAUGCCAUGACCGUCCUUACACCACUUACAGAGAAAGACUACGAGGGCUUACGCAGGAUCUUGCGCUCAUUACAGGCUCACAAAAUGGCCUGGCCCUUCCUGGACCCUGUGGACCCAGAAGACGCCCCUGAUUAUUACAGAGUAAUAAAGGAGCCAAUGGACCUGUCAACGAUGGAGGAGCGACUGUUAAACCAUCAUUACAGCAAGUUGACAGAGUAUGUUGCAGACAUGACCAAAAUCUUUGAUAACUGUCGAUACUACAACCCCAGCGACUCGUCCUUCUACCAAUGUGCUGAGGUGCUCGAGACCUUUUUCGUCCAGAAACUAAAAGCUUUCAAGGCUAGCAGAUUAUGAUGUCUUAAGGUCUUCAAAGGUGCUGCCUGGGUUACUCUUAACUAGCCAGUCGUGGAGCUUGGUUGUGUUUUUCUUUAAAACAAAGAAAAAAGCAGCAUGAAAAUUGUUUGGAUGGAAAUUCAGUUCAUCCUUUAAUCAAAUCUGUAGUUGUGUGUUUGAUCAUAAAGUGAUCAUCCUAAACAGCAGCCAAACAAUCUGGAAGAAAAAGCUACUUUCUUACUUUUAUAGUGAGAUGUAAUAGAUCCAACAUCAAGUUCGGUUGUCAAAGCUUUUAAUGUCUCUGUAUGGCAGAAGCUAUUGUGCUGAUUUUAUUUUUUGGAUAAGCUUUUGUUAUUUUAAAAAGUCACUCACAAGAGGUGUGAACCAAGCUUACUCAGUGUAAUUACUGUCUUUUUUCAGACAUUUGGGAAUGUUACAUUACCAAUUGUGUUUGUUUUGUAUGUCAGUUUGUACAUAUGUGCUAUUUUUAUACAUUUGAAUCCUUUUGUGAAGGAUCAUUACUGAACUGUAGUUUUGUUUGAUAGUGGAGUGUCAGAUUGCCUGUGUAGCUGAUCUGAUUUAUAUUCUCAUGAACUCAUCCUCACAUGAGUUACAGAAUAAUAACUGUCUACAAAUGAAAGGAUAAACUCACAACAGCAUGGCUGCUAUCUUUUUUCAAGUUUCUUAUUUUUUAUUAAAAACCUAUGAAAUGAUC